AGAACUUGAGUAGAAACAGCUUACUGUGCAUCGAUGGAAAUAACUGUCCAGUAACCCGGUUGUUUUGCACUGGCUGCCCUGUGCUUGCCAUCUCAUGUUACAUGCCAAGCACAAGUGGCCUGUCACAGGUCCUCACAUGCUUUGAGCUUCAGUCCGACUAUUUCAAAGCUUUGCUUUAACCUGUAGAAUGCCCUUUUGAGUUGACACAUCGAACUGGACGUUUAGUCAACGUUUUGUUUAUGGUUGCUCGUUGGAUGUCUGAAUGUGCGCAUUUUCUCUUUGUAUAUUCGUUUGUGCUACUCUCUGUUUGUACAAACUGCUGAGUGUAUUUCUUCGACUGUUUGAGGACAUAUCUUUUGUGUCCACACAGCAUAAACUAAAAUCUUCGCAAAAGGACAAGGUACGGCAGUUCAUGUCCUUCACUCAAGCAGGAGAGAAGACUGCAGUGUACUGCCUUACACAAAAUGACUGGAAACUAGAGGUGGCUACCGACAACUUCUUUCAGAAUCCGGAUUUGUACCAUAAGGAAUCCAUGAAAAGCUCAGUGGACCGAAAAAAGCUGGAGCAGCUUUACAACCGGUAUAAAGAUCCACAGGAUGAAAAUAAGAUAGGAAUUGAUGGAAUUCAACAGUUCUGUGAUGAUCUCAAUCUGGAUCCAGCAAGCAUCAGUGUUCUGGUUGUGGCGUGGAAAUUUCGUGCGGCGACACAGUGCGAAUUCAGCAAGAAGGAGUUCAUCGAUGGCAUGACAGAGCUGGGGUGUGAUAGUCCAGAGAAGCUCCGAGCUCUUCUGCCCAGAUUAGAACAGGAUCUGAAAGACAUUGGAAAGUUCAAAGACUUUUACCAGUUCACUUUCAACUUUGCCAAGAAUCCUGGACAGAAAGGAUUAGAUUUAGAGAUGGCAGUAGCUUAUUGGAACUUAGUUCUGGCUGGACGUUUUAAGUUCCUAGACCUAUGGAACAGAUUUUUAUUGGAGCACCAUAAACGAUCAAUUCCCAAAGACACAUGGAACUUGCUUCUGGAUUUCGGCAACAUGAUUGCAGACGACAUGUCAAACUACGAUGAAGAAGGAGCAUGGCCUGUUCUCAUUGAUGAUUUUGUGGAAUACGCUCGGCCAAUUGUGACGGGAUCAAAGCGCAAAACUGUAUAGUAAUCCUACAGCUGGGCGAGAACCUACGCCUUGGUCUCCUCAUUGACUUUGUAGUUUUUUUUAAAGACUUGUAAACAUAAUAAGAGAGAACUAGGAGAAACACUUGAAACCGACAAGCUUUGCAAAAGGAAAACAGGACGGAAAGAUCAACUCAGACCUCCACGCGGGAAGGACAAGAGUGCGAGACUGCAGAUUUCUAAUAGAGCCAUUAAAUGCACAUGGCCAGCUAUUUGCACUGGCAACUCAAAUCUAGCCUAAAAACCCUUGGAGAUUUUGGGUGGAUCACUUCGAACCUAGUACCUCAUCUCCAUAGCAACCCGUGUCACUCUAGGAGCAAGUCCUCAUUGCCUACCCAAUCUUCACGGUCUAAAAUUAUUGGAAUAGUCUCAGAGUUCUCCAGUUUUGUUUUUGAUGAUGUACCCAUUUGUCUGGGUGUGUGUCUCAUGCAGGAUUUGAUGGUCAUCGUGUGCACCUUUUAAGCCAGACGUUCAUGGGCAGCACAGCAUGCAGCUCACAACACCAGCACUAUUGUUACAGUUGUAAAGUACUGCAUCUACUGCAGCAGUAUGUACAGAGAGAAAUGUAUUAUCAGUAAUGUUUUAUUAUAUAAAAAAAUAUGAGAGAAAAGAAGCGUGGUGAAAGUCGCCUCCAUGCCAUGUUUUUGUGUGAAUUUAGGUCAAAUGUGUCAUCUGCCCUGUUGCAGAACUUGUAACAACACGGUUCAGUGUUACCCUUUUUGUUUACCAGAUUUAUGUUAAAAAAAUAAAUUAUUGCUCUUUA